UCGGUCAUAUCUGUGGGUGGACACUUCUCCAGCAGCUGGUUUAAUGUUCGCAGAAUACGCGCGACAGAGUCAAAUUAGCGCUACGCAGCGAUAAAAUUAAGCCAACACGCGAACUGUUAAUAACAACCGUGAAUGAACAUAUCGUGUAUUUAGCUUAAUAGCCUCGGAAAUGAUGCGUUUGUACGACGUAAAGUUGUAAAUGAUUGGCACUGGUUUGCUGCAGCUGCUGUUGAAUCCGUGUAUCCGCAGUGAAUUAACAACACUUCGUGCUGGCUCACCGUUCCCACAGGUGGAGCAUGAGUGUGUGGUUGGAGUCCUGCUGCAAUGCGCGCUAUUGGGUGUAGGAUGAACCUGCCGGCAGUGCUGAAUGGCCUGCUGGUGUCAGUGGUGGCAGCCUUACUUUGGAAAUAUGUUCGGCUGAUUGAACACACAUCACAGUUGGAAGAGGAGCUACAGCUUACACGCCAAUCACAGGAGUUCUCACAGGUGCGUAUCGACUACCAUGGUGCCCUGUUAGCACUUCAAGAACAUGGCACCAGAAUGGUCUGCACUGGCAAGAUGCACACCGAUCGCAUCUGCCGCUUUGACUACCUUUGCUACUGCACGGAGGCUGAGGAGUUUGUAUUCUUCCACAGUAAUGCCUCUGUGAUGCUGCCCAACCUUGGCCCUCGGCGCUUCCAGCCCGCCCUGCUGGACCUCUCGUCUGUAGAAGACCACAACACUCAGUACUUUAACUUUCUCGAGCUCCCGGCAGCGGCUCUGAAGUUUAUGCCGAAACCUGUGUUUGUGCCAGAUGUAACUCUAAUUCUGAACCGUUUUAACCCAGACAACCUCAUGCACAUUUUUCAUGAUGAUCUUUUGCCCAUAUACUACACCAUGCAGCAGUAUUCAGACUUGGAUGAUGAGGCCAGGCUCGUAUUCAUGGAGGGGUGGGGUGAAGGGGCUCACUUCGAUCUCUACCGCUUGCUAAGCAGUAAGCAACCCCUUCUCAAGGAGCAGUUGAAGACCUUUGGCAAACUCAUGUGUUUCACCAAGUCUUAUGUUGGAUUGUCAAAGAUGACAACAUGGUACCAAUAUGGCUUUGUGCAACCGCAAGGACCCAAAGCCAACAUUCUGAUUUCAGGUAACGAGAUCCGCCAGUUUGCAUCAUUUUUGACUGAGAGGCUUAACAUCACGCGAGAGGAGGGCGAUGACUACAUUGUUGUUUUUAAGCGUACCACUAACAGGCUCAUUCUUAAUGAGCCGGAACUACUACUGGCUUUAGCCCAAGAGUUUCAGAUGAGGACUGUCACUGUGUCUUUGGAGGAGCAGUCAUUUGAAAGCAUUAUCCAAAUUAUUAGUGGGGCGACUAUGUUGGUCAGCAUGCACGGAGCCCAGAUGAUUACCUCCAUGUUCUUGCCCCGUGGUGCCGCUGUGGUUGAACUCUUCCCGUAUGCUAUAAACCCAGAGCAGUACACUCCCUACAAAACCUUGGCCUCAUUGCCUGGCAUGGACCUUCAGUAUGUUGCAUGGAGAAACACCAUGGAAGAGAACACUGUUACAUAUCCCGAUCGCCCCUGGGAUCAGGGUGGCAUCGUCCACCUUGAGAAGGAGGAACAAGAACGUAUCCUUGCCAGCAAGGAUGUGCCAAGGCAUCUUUGUUGUCGUAAUCCAGAGUGGCUUUUCCGCAUUUACCAGGACACUACUGUGGACAUUGCUUCUUUUCUGGACCUACUUAGAGAAAAUCUAAAAAAGCCUAAUCCGAAAAAGGCCAAGGUGGCUAGCACUGUACAUCCUGGUCGAGUCAGAGAGCCCAAGUGCCAGACGUCAGUACAGGCCAGCAAUGAAGCAAAGCUCUCAGUGUCAUGGCAGAUCCCUUGGAACCUGAAGUACCUGAAGGUUAAAGAGGUGAAAUAUGAGGUGUGGAUCCAGGAGCAGGGAGAGAACACGUAUAUGCCUUACAUUCUGCCCCAUCAGAACUACACCUUCUCGGAAAACAUCAAACCCUUUACCACAUAUUUAGUAUGGGUGCGCUGCAUCUUCAACAAGAACCUCUUGGGCCCAUUUGCAGAUGUUCUUAUAUGUAAAACUUGAUUCUUUAAUCAGGUUAGAAGUAAACACUAUCAGCUAGCAAAGAAUUAAUUUGAAGAUUAAUUCUCAGGAAAUAUCCUGAAAAUUAUAAGGUGUGACAUGGCUGAAUUAUUUUUGGACUUGGUUGUCACUCAUGUGACUUGAUUGUCCUUCAUGGUCCUUAUGCAGUGUCAUGAACUCACAGAGAACAAACGGCCUGACUGCAAGGAAGGUUAGAAGAGAAUGCAGAUUGCAGAACUGCCAGUUCUUUUAGUUCCUACCAUCGUCCAAGCAAAGUUCUCAAUGGCUUUAUAUAUAAAUGCAACGCAUAAUUUUAAUUUGUAUUUAUGAGUCCAAGACACUGGUUUUGUCUGACACCUGCUUUGGUUAACUAAAAUAAUGCACACAUUUAUGUGGCUUAAGAAACCUGAAAUGAAUUUUAUGUGACCUUGUGAGUGUGCCCUUUUUAUUUUUUAUUUAUUUACUUUAGUUAUGAAGAAGCUGCUGCUUCUUGUUUUUCAUAAAAAUGCAGGGGCGUUACAAAUUAGUAUGAAGUACUGUAUCUGCGAGAGGGUAGAAGAAAAGUCGAAAGUUAACUUUAAGAUGAACAUUAUACUAUUUAAAAAAUAGGCUGCUUUUGUGUGGGUUGACUCUAGUUUGCUGCUGCAGUCUUGAUGUUCUUCUUUUUUAACCAGCCUCAAAACCACUGAUUAUUAUCUACCUGUUCAAUGGAAAAUGUUUGAAUUUGUUUACCAUUAAGAUGUAUAAAAUCGCAUCACAGACAGAAGACUUACAUAUUCAAGUCAGUAGUAUUUUUGAGGACUGGGGUGAAAUAGUUUUAAGAUAGUGGCCUGAAAUUUGAAAGCCAUUUUUUUUUUUUUUUUUGAUGGCAUGUCAGUAAUCACUUCUAUGUUAAGUAGGUCUAAGUUGGAACCACUGUGUUAAGCAAUGAAGUGUGUUUGGUGAUAACAGCUUAGCGGGCUAGUAGCACAAAGAAAUUUUGGUCCAAAAUGUCCAGUUCAUGAACUGUAGGGUUUUUGAUACAUGUCCAGUAGAGGAGUAACAGUACAAAGCUAAGGCUUACAGAAUGCAAUAUUAAAGAUUUGAAGAUAAAUAUUUGUGUAAAAAAAAAUCUGUUUAGAUGUGCUUCCUAUACUGCCAUUCAACAUAUUAACUUAAAACAGUAUCUAUAUCUGCUUUAGAGAGGGACAGUGCCAGUGUUUGAAGAUGCUUUUGUUCAUAUCUUUUAUAUCUCAUCUGCAUUUCUGAAAAGACAAGCUGUGUUGUAGUGGCUUAUGGUUUAUUAAGAAGAUAGAAACAUGUAUUUUAUCUUAGACAGUUAUUUUUUGAAGAAGACUCUGGAAUGCUAUACAUACUGUAGCCCAGAUUUGCACUGUUGAAAUUUUCUUUCACUACUAUUAUCAUUAGAAAUUAAACAACGAACCACAAGGUUUGUUUGUGUUUUGCUCUGAAUGGCCUGUCAGGUCAUCUGUAUUGUUUUUUUUUGUUUUUUUUUAAACAGGUUAAACCAAGAACAUUUCUAAUUGAAAUUCACAAAUGGCAAACCUCAGCCAUGGAGUUUAUUAGCAUAACUGUGUUUCAAUGGUAAUUUUAUUCAAGUAUGAGGAUAAUAAUUGAAUUCUGUUUGUAAUACAAAAUAGCAGAAAUGUCCUGUGCAUAUAAUAAAAGAGAAAGGCUUGCAUGUUGAUGAGUUGAGAAGCAGAUGUUUAUGGUUGAAAACUUUGCUUGUUUCUCAUUAUCUCAUUUUAAUAAUUAAGUUUUCAAUGUAGAAACAGAUAUAUGAUUGCAGGCUUGUUUCCUGUAAACCACAUUGUUUCCUGUGCCAGUUUGUAAAAUUACCAUUAUGUGCCACUGGAAUGUCAUAAAUCAUUUUUGUCACUUUUAUUAAAUGUACAAUUUCCCAGA